AUGGACAUGAAUAAUAAUAAUAGCAGCAGCAGCAGCAAUAAUAAUUUAAUGCAGAGCAUGGUGGAGAUAAGGGACAACAAAAAUGGGGUACAAAGCGAGGGCUCUGAAAGAAAGGAUGAAGAGAAGCUGCGUGAAGCACUACGACUAUAUAUGAAGCCUCCUCUUCACCUUUCCCACCGUCAAGGAUUAGCUGCGUCGUUUAUGCUUCCCAAGAACUACGUCAACGUUCACCAACGCAAGAGUAGGCUGUGGUUUCAACACUGCGACACGGUGUCCGAGCUUAAAAUCUGGGACACGUCCGAUUUCUGGUGCAUGGAGUCCGUGAAGGCGCACGAAAACGCCAUCAAUGUCGUUGUUCAGGGAACGGAACGGUGUACACGACUUUCAGCUAAUGGGGGUAGUAUGGUGUGGAAGAGGGAAGGGAAGGCGAAAAAAUGCAGAUUUGUGAACAGCCUAGAGAGGAAAAAAUCAACGGUGAAUGCACUUGCGUUGAACGGCGACGGGAUGAUGUUGUUCGUCGAAGGUUGUGAUAGCAGGUCUCUUCUUUUUUAA